GAUUCCUGCUGGCCUGAACAUGGGCGACUCUGACCUGACCUAUAUCUCCGGCCCUUAUUUAAAUCCUGUCUUGGUAUCCUGGUAUCCUGGCAUCCUGGUCGAUGGACUAGCAUUGUACUAGCAUUGUCCCCAAAAGGCAAUUUCUUUUUCUUUUCUUUUCUUUUUUUUUUCUUGAGCCUGGUCCUCCACCAAAACCAAAGUAAUAAAUAAAAAGUGACUCCCAUCCUCCCCCCUCCGGGUGCAUUCACUUGGUCUCACAGACUUUGGUCCAGGUUCAUUUCACUGGCACUGAUUACCUUUUCUUCCUUUUCCCUUCCCUUCCCUCCUCCCCCUCCCCCGCGCCUCUCCCUCUCCUUUGGCCAACAUCCCUACCCUUUUCCCACCUUAUUCCUCUCGCGCCAUCGGUCGAUCUUCUGUGCCAAAGGACACCAACCCCGGGUCUCACCCCCAUUCAUAGCUGAGAGCCUCCACCAUGGAGAAAGAUUACAUUGAGCCCAAGUCGGAGGCCAAGUCGGCGCCCUCUUCGUCCGGCGACGCUCCUCCGGCGUACGGUUAUUCGGAGGCCACCAAAGGAAGCCUUGGACAGCGGAUCCUGGACAGCUUUAAGAGAGAUCCCAAUGCACAAAUCACAGCGCAUGCCGAGCAUGGAGCUGAUGGAGACAACUUUGAUAUGGAAAAUGCUGCCCAGAACACGGCUGCUGCCCCGCUGCAACGCAAGCUGAAAGGCCGUCACCUCCAGAUGAUCGCUAUUGGUGGUUCGAUCGGUACUGGUCUCUUCGUUGGUUCUGGAAGUGUUCUUGCCGAAGGAGGUCCCGCGUCCGUCCUUAUCGCCUAUGCUUUGAUCGGAUGCAUGCUUUACUGCACCGUGCACGCGCUGGGUGAAAUGGCCGUCCUUUUCCCCGUGGCAGGUUCCUUCUCGCACUACUCGACUCGGUUCAUUGAUCCUGCAUGGGGCUUCGCUAUGGGUUGGAACUAUGCUCUUCAGUGGCUUGUCACCCUGCCCACGGAAAUUGUCGCCGCCUCGUUGACCGUGGGCUACUGGAACUCGGGUAUCUCCAAUGCCGCUUGGGUCGCCAUCUUCUGGGUGUUGAUCGUGUCAAUCAACUUGUUCGGUGUCAAGGGCUAUGGUGAAGCGGAGUUUGUCUUCUCCAUUGUGAAGGUCACUGCCGUGGUUGGCUUUAUCAUUCUGGGUAUCAUUCUGAACUGUGGUGGUGGCCCUCAUGGUGGAUACAUUGGAGGAAAGUACUGGCAAAACCCCGGUGCCUUCAACGAUGGAUUCAAGGGUCUUUGCAGUGUCUUCGUGAAUGCUGCUUUCGCAUUUGCCGGUACGGAACUGGUCGGUCUUGCCGCCGCGGAGACUGCCAACCCCAGAAAGUCCCUGCCCACCGCCAUCAAGCAGGUGUUUUGGCGUAUCACCCUCUUCUACAUCGUCUCUCUCACCUUGGUCGGCCUUCUCGUCCCCUACAACGACCCCCGGCUUCUGGACGGGACAUCCAGCGCUGAUGCCAAAGCGUCCCCAUUCGUCAUCGCCAUCGUCAACGCAGGCAUUUCGGGGCUUCCCUCUGUCAUGAACGUCGUGAUCAUGAUUGCUGUGCUUUCCGUGGGUAACGCAUCUGUUUACGGUUGUUCUAGAACUCUGGCUGCUCUUGCCGCGCAAAACCAGGCUCCUCAGUUCCUCGCCUAUAUCGACCGCAAGGGUCGUCCUCUCUGGGCUCUACUUCUAUCCUCCGUGUUUGGCUUGAUCGCGUUCAUCGCCGCGUCUUCCAAGGAAGCCACCGCGCUCGACUGGAUGAUGGCCAUCUCCGGUCUCUCGUCCAUCUUCACCUGGGGGUCGAUUUGCCUGUGCCACAUCCGCUUCCGCCGGGCCUGGAAGCUACAAGGACACAGCCUGGACGAAUUGGCUUUCAGAUCCCAGCCUGGUGUCAUUGGGUCGUGGGUUGGCUUCAUCUUCAACUGCCUGGUUUUGGUCGCCCAGUUCUGGGUUGCGUUUGCGCCCGAAGGGUACGCCAGCAUGUCGGCUUCGGGGCUGGUUUCGAACUUCUUCGAGGACUACCUUGCGGCGCCCGUUGUGAUUCUCUUCUACAUCCCUUACAAGUUUUGGUACAAGACUCCCUUUGUCCGGGCUAAGGACAUGGAUCUCCAGACGGGUCGCCGCGACCUGGACAUUCAGGACCUGAUCGAGCAGGAGCGGGCCGAGCAGGCGGCUUGGCCGGUGUGGAAGAAGGUAUGGAACUUCUUCUGCUAGGCCUCGGUCCGGCUAUUUCUGGGUCUUGGAGUUCCAUGGAUAAGAUGAUACCUUUUUCUCUUUCUUUUUCUUGAAAUUAUGUAUGAUUAUGAUCAUGUCUCCCUGUUCAGUGAUCUAUGAAUGUCCAUAAACCUGCAUGUUGUGUUAGCGCUGAUGCGCAGCAUCGGAUGGCGAAUAUUGACUAAUUGAAUGCUCGUUGUGAU